AUGGUCGCUCUCGACGCCCUGAAGGGUCUGGGGAUUGUACACUGCCACAUCAAACCAGAUAACAUCAUGCUACUCAGUUGGAGCCAGCCCUUCAGGGUGAAAUUGAUUGAUUUUGGAGAGGCGGUUCCAGUAUCUAAACUCCCACGGGGUCACUUUUUUCAGCCUGUUGGAUACAGGUGGGUUCAUCCUGCAGCUCAGGGGUUAAAACAGAGGAGUUUGACUCUUGAUAAAGUCUCCUGUGUCUGCAGACAGACUUCUAACCUGUUGUGUGGUUCUUCUUCCUCCUCAGAGCUCCAGAGGUAUCCUUGGGCCUGCCCCUCACGGAGGCAAUCGACAUGUGGGGGGUUGGCUGUGUUUUGGCCUCCCUUUUUUUGGCAGACAACCCAUUUCCAGUGGACUGUGACUAUCUGAUGGUAGGUGACCUUCUUCACACACAGAGCAGACUUUCUGCAGACCCUCCCCUGACCGUCUUUUUCUUUAUUUCUUUCUGCAGAUGAAACACAUAGUCAUAACGUUGGGCCAGCCUGAGGACCACCUGCUUGCCGCUGGUGAAAACACCCACCGGUAUUUUAAGCAGGACCCCUGGUGGAACCUGGAGGAUCCGCUGGCAUGGAGGCUGCUGGUAGAGAAACCAUGUUCCUCUUUCUUUGUAAAAUCACCUCUCUCAAUCACUUUGAAAAAACUGUCAUCUGACACAUUUUGUUUCUACAGACACCCAGAGAGUAUGAGACAGAGAAUUCCAGGCGCGCCUUCCUGGAUGACACAGAGCCUCUGAGAUCUCUGGAGGAUCUGGCUCAUGUAGGUCCUCUCUACUGUGUUUUAAAGACAAAUCAGAAGUAGUUAGUGAACAUCAGCUGACCUGAAUCUGUCUCCAAAUUUCAGAUCUAUUCAGACGGUGAUGCUGCAGAGAUGGAGGACAGGUUGGCUUUCGUAGACUUCCUGAAAGAUCUCCUCCAUCUCGAUGGGGCCAAAAGGAUCUCUCCUUCUACAGCUCUGCAGCACACUUAUCUGACCAUGAGUCACCAGGUGAUGUCUCCAGAGACCACAGAUGAGUAAUUGACUGUGUGGAUGAAGCAAAGCAAGGCAGCAUUAUUUUUUCAAGCUCCAUUCAUGCACAGAGGGAUUCAGAUGCUUUACAGAGAUCAAAACAAAAAGUUCAGAGCAUUCAGAAAGAAUCUGAUAUUUAACAUGCACACAGACAUCUGUCUCACUGGCUGUAUUGAUGAUUGAUUCACUGAUUGAUCUUCACCCUUUUCCUUCUUGAACAGCACCACAAGUGUGAUGGGGAGCUCACCAACCCCACACCAGCAGUCAGCCCCAACAAGCGGCCAUGAAACUGAGGACAGUGGUCUUUCUGUUGAAGAGGAGCCACCUCAAGAUGCAGACUGCCUCAGUGAGGGUCAACUGGUGGAGUCUCCCUUUGCCCUCUCAGCAUCCAGCUCCAUUUUUUCGGCCUUUGACUCUACCUCUUUGGUGUCAGAGGGAGACUCUGUUGAAGAGGAGCAACCUCUAGAUGCAGACUACCUCAGUGAGGGUCAACUGGUGGAGACUCCCUUUGCCCUCUCAGCAUCCAGCGCCAUUUGUUUGGCCUUUGACUCCGCCUCUGUGGUGUCAUACUCUGUGGUGUCAGACUCUGCCUUUCCAUGGUCAGACCACAGUUCUCUAGGCCCAGACUCUGUCUCUCUGGCCUUAGACCGAACCCCUCCAGCCUCAGACUCCGCCUCUCCGGCCUCAGCCUCUGCCUCCCUGGCCUCAGCCUCCACCAGCCGCAGCAGGAACCUACUGAAGAGGGUCCGAAGCUUCUUCAGCAGGUUGAAGAUGGCCCUCUGUUGCUGCUGUCGGGCAGAGGAGGACUAA